CUACAGAGCUCAGCUCAGCUCCAAAAAGAAAAAAAUAUCCCACUCCAGCCUUGCGAUCGUCAUGGAAUUUGCUUUGGGUGAUAGCCUCGCAAACCAACAAUAAUUCUUCAACCUCCGAUCAAAUUUCUACUCACCCCCACCCCAAAUAGAGGCUAUACGUCGGUUUCGAAAUCUUAGGGCACGAUGGCGACGUCACAGAACCUCCUGCUCUCGCCGGCAGAACUUGCGUACCUCCACAGCACACUCAGUCUCACCCCGCCGAUACGGCCCGACGGUCGAACAGCGACACAGUUCAGGCCGUUGAGCGCAGAGACGGACAUUUUGCCAGGCACCAACGGGUCGGCGCGGAUAUGUUUUGCUGAUGGAACAGAAGCCAUCGUCGGCGUGAAAGCAGAGGUCGAAAAGACCAGGAUUUCGCCAUAUGAAGAUGCCAAUGGUCAGAUAGUAGGUGCCGAGGAGAGCGAAAGCAGCGAGGACGAGGGUGAAACCCACGAUACGGAAGUCAAGGGCUCGAAAGACUGGGUCGAUAUCAGCGUCGAGAUUCCGGGUCACAGAGACGACGACAGCGCCACGGUUUUCUUGGCAACUAUGCUUAGCGAGGCCCUACUGGCCGACGGAGAGUUCACGAAGCGAUUAUGGAUCAAUCGGCGGUUUCACUGGAAGGUCUAUCUUGACAUCAUUCUAAUCUCCCCACCUCUUUCCUACCCUCUCCCUCUUCUCAGUCUCACAACACAUCUUGCCCUGCUCUCAACACGGCUCCCAAGAUUAAAGUCGGAACUAGACGAGGACCCCAUGUUCGACGACGACUGGGAUGCCUCGACUUUUGUUUAUCCAGCAUCAUCAGAUGGAGAUACAAAGUCGAGCAGAUCCGUAUCAAGACCGCCCAUCACAUUACUCGUCAUGGCCGUGGGCGACAAUAUCAUCUUUGAUCCAUCAAAGGAGGAAUUGGCAGUCGCUGACAGCGCCUUGGCGGUCUCAGUGAGCGAGGGGCAAAGCCUGAAGAACACUAGUGACGGAGGAGCCAUGGACAUAGAUGGCAAAAAGUCUGGUCGAAGUCUCCGAUUACUAUCAGUCCGGACGAUUGAUCCACCCUCGAGGCUAACGCCGCCCGGUGUGCCCAAUUCUAUCAACGCAGCGGCAUGGGGACAAGGAGACGCAACGCAGAAGAACCCCGACGCCCGGCAAGCAGAGGUAGCAGUUGUCGAUGGCGUGUGGAAGGCACCGAGAGGUGGCAUGAAGCCAGCCGUGCUCAGUGCAAUGAUAGCAAAAGUUCUAGAGAAGGGCGGUGUGGUAGAUGAGGUAUUAGAUGGCCUGGAAGGUGUUGAGUUGGGCUAGGUCUCGAUAUUGAUACCCAUUUGAUCACUUGGACAAAAUUUUCAUGACGUUUCGAGUGUAUACGUUGGUAUCUGUUUCUAUAUGUUUGCUGUCUGUGGGUCUCUCUUACUCCAGAUUAAAACCAGUAAAUCUCACAACAGCAGCAGACCAAAUAUGGUUUGCUAUCACCUGUUAUAACCCAUUAGUUCCACGUCAUUAAUUCUGCGGCAGCCGGACAAACUUAUCAAGACAACCAAACUUUGUCAAUUGUUACGCCACCGGCUCUAUUUAGUAAGAAUCUGCCCUGAGAUAAAGAUCAGCC